GAAAAUGAAUUUUAGCUUCUAUGUGCAAAACCCCUAGGUGUGUGGAUAGAAGGGAGCCAGUCAGAAGGUUACAACAGGUCAGGAAUAAAUAACCACCAGGCGGAGGAUCCCAUAUUCCGUCCUUCCUUUUGUUGGGUGAGGAGCGCCAGCCCAACGCGUCCACAAAGAAGCGGUUAGACUGUCCACACUCGGCUCCAGCCUCUGUGGGACAGGCAUGGAUGGGAAGAAAUGCAGUGUGUGGAUGUUUUUGCCACUGGUAUUCACUUUGUUCACUUCAGCUGGAUUGUGGAUUGUAUAUUUUAUAGCUGUGGAAGAUGACAAAAUUUUCCCAUUAAAUUCAGCUGAAAGGAAACCUGGUGUGAAGCAUGCGCCAUAUAUAAGUAUUGCAGGUGAUGACCCACCUGCAAGCUGCGUCUUCAGUCAAGUCAUGAAUAUGGCAGCUUUCCUAGCCCUUGUGGUGGCCGUACUGCGCUUCAUACAACUGAAACCAAAGGUUUUAAAUCCGUGGCUGAAUAUCAGUGGUUUGGUGGCACUAUGUCUGGCUUCCUUUGGCAUGACCUUACUUGGUAAUUUUCAGCUCACUAAUGAUGAAGAAAUUCAUAAUGUGGGAACGUCCUUGGCCUUUGGAUUUGGCACAUUGGCCUGCUGGAUCCAGGCUGCAUUGACACUCAAAGUCAACAUCAAGAAUGAAGGACGGAAAGUUGGAAUUCCACGAGUUAUUCUGUCAGCAUCUGUUACUCUUUGUGUGGUCCUCUACUUCAUCCUCAUGGCUCAAGGCAUCCACAUGUAUGCAGCCAGAGUCCAGUGGGGCCUGGUCAUGUGUUUCCUGUCUUACUUUGGCACCUUCGCUGUGGAGUUCCGGCAUUACCGUUACGAGAUUGUUUGUUCUGAAUACCAGGAGAAUUUCCUAAGCUUCUCCGAAAGCCUUUCUGAAGCUUCAGAAUAUCAAACUGACCAGGUGUAAAACCCAUUAGCUUUUCUUGGCUGGUGAGGUGGGUGUGAGUAGGGGAGGGGCUGGGACACACUCACAGGACUUGUCACGUAACCUCAUGACACGUUUUACACAUACGCACACAUAUGUUCAUGGCCACAUUUGCCAAAAGAGCUUUUCAGGGCGAGUUAAGGAAAAAGCACAAGCCCUUAUGUGUCAAAAUUCACGCUGUUUCACUGAAAGUAUAUGCACGACAGGGCAAGAAACUUGUGCAUGAUGACCUCUUCCCCUCUCCCAAGUCACCCUGCUCUUCUCACUUUCCUCACAUAUUUCAGACAGGAUCACCCUGCCAUAGGGUAGGCAGGCCAAACGUAACAUGGAAUAAUGCCAACUCCUAAAGUUGCCUUCAGUUCCAAAGGGCUUGGAACCAGCGCAUCAGGAAAUUCGGAAUCUGGUACUAAUAAUACUCUUGAGAUGAUAGAGUAUCAUCUAAUUUGAAGGAAACUUUUUAGAAACACUACCCUGCACAACCUGUGGAAAGACAGGGAGAAUCAAGGAAAGAUCUUUCCCACAGAAACUCUUCGUCAUUGUCCACUGGCUGGCUCUGAGGGUUCCACGAAAGAACAUACUCCACACUGUUGAGAGUGAAGCCCAUCACCAUGAUUUGAAUUUGAUUUCCUGUGAAUAAUAAAUGUUUCCAAAUGUGAAUAUUUGUGGGGAUGUGGUAUGCCAGACAUGGAACAAGAUGGGAGUGGCAAGGCUCUGUUUUCAUUUUUGCUUCCAUGGUAGGCUGUAUACAGCUUUUGUUUCUUUUUUUCUUCAAGUAACUACCAUGAGUCUCUUGAGGCUUCAUGGAUAAAGCUGUAGGUCACAGGCAAGAGUUGAGCUUAUUUGGGUUCAACCAAGAUUUUUUUUUUAAAAAAAAAAAGGUCACCUGCAGGCUUAAUUUGCUGUUUUUGUGAAAAUCACACAGAAUUAUGUGUGGAGGUAAUAAAAAGAGCUCUUCCUGGACAUUUAUAAAAGAUAGGAAUUUUAGAGUAUCUUGUUGCAAGACUUUAUUAAUGUAUAUCUAUAGCUCAAGUUUAGUAUUUUUUUUUUUUUUUUGGAUUAAGAGCUUUUCAUACUUGGAAUUUGUAGAAGCCAAUUAAAAGAUGACCUUCUCCCACAAAACAAAUGGUCCUCUACUUCCCAAUAUAUGGUCCCAGCCUCUCAGGAUUUAGGACUCAAACACUAGGCCUGGGCUGUUGAGCUUAUUCUUCAUAAGAAGAACAGAAUUCUGAGUUCAAGCUUGUUGGAGUAGGCCAGGUUGCCCACUGUGAGUACACUGUUUCAAGAAGUCAGUAAAUUUGCUUUAGGAGCCCAGGGUUUGUGAAAAUGUGAAAGACAAUGUUUUUUCAAUUCAGUCCAAAAUCUGAGGUAUUUUGAAGAGGAAGGAAUGACUUUUCACCUCUGUAUUUAUCCCCACCUCCUAACACAGUGCCUGGCACAUACUAGGUGCUCAACAAAUGUCUGUUGAAUAAAAUUAUUAGUAAUUUAAAGGUAGGAAAAGGAGUAAGAGCAAGCUCAAAGACGAUUAAGAGAAAAUACAAGAUGAUUUUCAUGUGAGAUGGGAAUGGAAGAAAUAGUGAAUAAGGAUCAGAGGAAGGAAUGAGAAUACCUAAAAAGAAGUCAAAUGUGAGGAGAAGAAGCAGAGUAUCUCCCUUUAAUAGGCAUCUUAUUGUAAAUAGUCCAAGGUGACAUCUAUUAUUUUUGAAUACUGCUUUUGUUUUGUUUUCAUUUUAUAUUUUAAAAAUUUUAUCAGACUACAAAGAUUUAUGAAGUGUUCUUUUACUCCACACAAUCCAAAUGAAACAGCUUUUUGUGAUGCACUGUACUUUCUUAAGAGUAUCUGGUAGCACAUUUUAGCAGAAUCAAGCAAUGACUGGCAUUAUUCAUUGGGAUCUGACCACUAAAUAAAAUUCUUUUGU